AUCAAGUCUUUGUUGUCAUUUGAGAGAUAAAUCAUCUCAUCAUUUUUUCAUUUUGUUUUAUUAUUUUCUAAUCUUUGUUGUACAAUCCAAUCACAUCAAAUUAAAAAAUGGAACAGCCACGUGAAAAAAUAAAUAUGAUAUCAAAUAAAUUGUCAGCCCAGGAAAUAAAUGAACUACGAAUUAAAUUCCUUACUGAUGGUCAUUUUCGUGUUGAAAAAAAGGAUACAAUUAAAACAUUUGUAUCAAAAAAUAAUUUUACUUUUGGUCAAAUGCAAUGCAAAGAAUCUAAUCAUGAUAAUAAUAAUAAUAACAACAGUGAUGGAUUGUUGACAAAAAACAACACAAAUUUACAUCAAGCAACAUCACCAGUACAAAUGAAUUCAGGAUCAAAUACUGGCAGUUAUUAUAUUCCAAAUAAUUACAAUGAUUUAUCAGCAGCAUCAGCUGGAAAGCAGCUCAACAAUUUACCCAAUUAUAAUGCAACUGUGAUGACUGGUAACAAUGCUAAUUACCACAGUCAAUAUUCGAUAAAUCCAAUGAAUACUGAUAAUUUGGUAAACAAUUAUUGUCAUAAUAAUUACAACUAUAAAAAUAAUUAAAAAUU